GUGCACAAGCAUGCAGCAGCCACGGCAGGACACUGGCCCACCCUGUGCAUGCUGACUGUUACCGUUCUCCCGAAACGAUGUGUCAACCUCGACAGAGGAUAAACACGAAGCUAAACCACGAGACAGGCCAGGCGCACCACUUAGACAAAUUGAACAUUACUGCCAUGAUGGGGAAACGUAAGCUACGCUUGGAAGCUGACUUCUAGUGUUUUGCACUGCAGAAGAAGAGGAUACAGGGGCUGAAUGGAUAACCAUGGCAACAGCAGCAGCAGCAGGAGAAGCGGUGAGCAGCAGCUUACAACAGCGAUAUAACGACUGAACACAGACAAGGCAUCAUACCUCCGUAGAUCUGAAAGGCAAGGGUCGCUGUAGGUUGCGAAGCCAAAGCCUUGUGGAUAUUAGACCGUGGUGGACACUGGUUAUUGUGUCGGGAUUCGCAGCGCAUCAGUGAGGAAGGGGAUGACCUGGAACGUAUCAUGUCUGAAGUACAGGGGACGUUGGAGUUUUCUGUAGAGCUGAACAAGUUUCACAAUGUGGAUCUCUUCCAGAGAGGAUUCUACCAGGUCCGAGCAGGGCUGAAGGUCUCUCCUCGCGUACCACACAGGUUGAUAGCAACAACCCCAGGGAAUACAGGUGACUGUAGUUUCAGCUCUGCGGGGGUCCAUGAUGGGGUCCAUGAGGACACUAUGGUGUUCAGUCGGAUCUUCCAGAUCCUCUACCGGAACGAAGAGGUCAACGUUGAUGACCGCAUGCUCUUCAAGGUCCACUUGUUGCUGGAUGGGGAGAGGGUGGAAGAGGCUCUGAGUGAAGUGGACUUUCAGUUAAAGCUGGAUCUUCACUUCACAGACAACGAGCAACAGUUAGGGGACAUCGUGACAGUCCCAGUCAUCAGCAGUAGAACCCUGGGUCUCCACUUCCACCCCAGGAGAGGUCUCCACCACCAUGUACCUGUCAUGUUUGACUACUUCCACCUGUCCGUCAUCUCUGUCUCCAUACACGCAUCCUUGGUGGCCUUACAUCAACCACUCAUCAGUUUUGCCCAUACAGGGAAGGGUUCCUGGCUGGGAAAGGGCUCCCCAGAGAACGGUACUGACCCGUCAGCCAUGGGGGUGUCCAUGGAGAACCUGAUAUUUGGGGCUGGAUACUGCAAACCUGUCAUCACAGAGGGUAGUUUCUACGUCCCCAGUGAGAACUGUUUACAGAGAGCUCACACAUGGCAUGGUAGACUCUGUCGCCUCCUACUGGUGGUACACAGAGGCCUACGUUCCUACUACACCACUGUGAUGAAGGAGAUACCACAGCUGGACCAGGUGGACAUAGACGAGAUUCCUGUGGAAGAAACACUAAAUCAGCUCAAAAUGGAAUUACAGCUGCAGGAGGGACAUGAGAAAGUAGCAGAACAGAUCUGUAGAGACCUGACCCAACUCUGCUGCCAACUGUCGGCCCUGUGGACACGCUUCCUGGAGGCUGCCGUUCCCAACACACAUAUCCUGUCCCACCUGGCCCAGGAACACCACACACUCAGGGUCAGGCGGUUUUCAGAGGCAUACUUCUUCACAGAACACCCCAAAGAGACAUCCCUGACAUUUCAAGAGGACCUGAUCAACAGACACGGUCAGAUAGCUGUGGAGGUGCGUAGCUCCAACUACCUGACCAAGAUGCCACCGUUACCUGUAGAGUGCCUGGACAUUGACGGAGACUGGAACAGCCUGCCUAUCAUCUUCGAAGAUAGAUAUGUAGAGUCUCCACGGACAGAUUGGGGAUCAUACAUGCCAACACCUCUGUCCUCCAGUGAGCAGGCCAUCCCCGAGCCUCCUGUCGCUGAUGCCAACAAUAGCCCUCCUCCCCUGGACCAGCUCACCAGCUCACCAGCAAUACCAACCCAGGAACUUAAAGACAGUGAGGACUGCAUGGACCUGUCUACAUACGGGUCUCUCAUAGGAGAGCAGAGCACCAGCAUUAUUACUGACAAAAUAGGAGAGGCAUCAGACCCAGACCAGGCAGACCCAGUCCAGGCCGACCCAGUCCAGGCAGACCCAGUCCAGGCAGACCCAGACCAGGGAGAACCAGUCCAGGCAGACCCAGUCCAGGGAGACCCAGACAAGGCAGACCCAGUCCAGGCAGAACCAGACCAGGGAGACCCAGACCAGGGAGAGCCAGUCCAGCCAGGGGAUCCAGAGGAGCAAGCCAAGGCAGAGGAGAUCUCAGAGGAGAGCCCUGGUUUAGGCCUGAGGAUAAUCAGAGUCAGGUCCACUGAUGUGGAUCCAUUCAGAGGAGAGGCAGCGCUAAUGAUCUCCUCCAACCACAAACAGUGUACGGACCCACAACAUACCUCUAACCGUGAAGACACGACUUGGAAAGACUUGGAGAACCACCAGGACAUCAUCACACAGAGAUACCAGAACAUUAUCAGUACAGGAAUUGACUUGGAUGUAGAAGAGAAUGACAUUGCUAUGGACGACGACAGCAAGGAUGUUCCUCUGAGCCGUCUAACCACUUACCCCCAGGCUCCACUCAAAGAUCAUCCCCUCACGCACCCUCUACCUACGGACCUGAGGAGAGAGCUGGCCCACCGAGGGGUGGUGGGGGUGGGGGGCUCCAAGAUAAUGAACCGCUCCCCCUCCGUCAUCUCCGACUCGGGCAUUGAGAGUGAGCCCAGCUCGAUGGCCUGGCUCCUGGAUGCUCACCGGACUGGAGGAGGGCGCCCUCUGGAGGAGAUAAUGGUACUGCAGCGCCUGGAGAGGAGACACCCGGCCCACCGCAGUUCCCUGGAGGGCCUGCAGACAGAGAGUGGAGCCAGCGGGGGCAGCCUGCCCAGCGGAGGGGGUGGCAGCAUGGGUAUCCAGGCCUCCCUCACCUCUAUCUCGUCCCUGCCCUACGAGGACGAUGAGGAACAGAGGUACCAGCAACAGCUCAGUAAACUGACCAAGUCUGUCUCAGCUCCUCAGAUCUCCAGCCCUGAGGACACAGAAGAGGACCAGGGAGGAGCGGAGGAGGUAGACACGGAGAGCGAGGGGACCAGCGGGUACCAGGACCAGGAGGAGGGAUGCUCCUCCAUCUCCACUGCUCCCACCAAUGGAAUGACUGGGGACUUGAUUAGACACCAGGAGUCCUUAUCCGGGGGAAACUACUCCUCUCUAGAGGACAUCCAAGAGGGAGAGCUGCCUGAGGUUGGUCUGUUUGACUGGGUAGCAGCGCCCUCACCACCCCAGCAUGUGACCAGAGCUCAUAUGGAGAGUUGUCAUGUUCUUAAAGAAACUCUUAGAUCUAAUGAAUCUGCUUUGCCAGUGGCCCUGUCAGACACUCAGGACAUGAAAGCAGUAUUAAGUGGCAUUAGUCGAGUACCGGAAGUCUUGCUGUUCCAACAGUAUGUUGAAGGCCACGAUGACGUGAAGGAUCCAGCUGUAGCCCGUCAGAUGGAGGGUAAGAACCAUCACAGAGGAGAUAGCCGUGGUGUCUCAAACUCAGUGGACCCAGGUCCCUGUGAAGUAGACAUCGCCCCCUGUAGCUGUGAGACCAAACCCUGUGAACAUGACAGCAGUGUGCUGGUGGAUGAUGUGGAGGAUAAUCCAGUCAGGGAUGACUGUCAGAGUCUCCAUCAGAUUGGGUUGAAUGACCUUGUUGACCAGGACCUACUGGAUCAUCAUCAUACUCCCUGCCAGAGCCUCCAUCGGGUCGGGCUGCGUGACCUGGUGGUGGUCUCACAGAGGAAGAGCCUCCAUGACCCCAGGCCUAUCCCCUCUAUUCCCAACCACACAGAGAGACCCAUCCACCUCAUUGGCCUUACUGGCAAUGAUACGGCCAGGGAUGAUGACCUCAUAGGGCUCCCGGCCAAUGAGCGAGAGCAGCUGGAUCUCAACGGUCAGACCAAGCCGGCUAAGAUCCCCAAUAGCUCGGAGUCGGGGUCAGGCUCGGGGUCAAACUCAGGGUCAGGCCUGUCCUUUAUGAACAGGAAGGUGGUGGAGGUGGUGAAUAUGUCUGUGUCCUGUGCUCCGACCUGUCUUCCCUUCUCCUCCGUACUCCGGGACUCACCGUCCAUUAGCGGCAUCUCCACUCGACAAGCCGCAUCCCCCAUUACCCAUCAGCCCCUGGGGUCCUUCGGCAUCAUCUCCUCGUCCUCGUCCAACUCCCUGGGGCCAGACGACGACACAAACGAGAGGAUGCUGCAUUUCUACAGAUCCAAAGAGGAUCUGGUGAAAGACCUGGUGUUCCAGGCAACCCUGUACAGUGGCCUCCCUCACCUGGCCUCUGACCUGCCCUAUUUCCCCCCUGAGGAGGAGGAGGAGGAGUUUGAGGAUGGCAUACACCUGGUCGUCUGUGUCCACGGCCUUGAUGGGAACAGUGCAGACCUUCGCCUGGUGAAGACCUUCAUAGAGCUGGGAUUACCAGGGUCCAGACUGGACUUCCUCAUGUCUGAGAGGAACCAGACUGACACGUUUGCAGAUUUUGACACCAUGACGGACAGGCUAAUAGACGAGAUCAUCCAGCACAUUCAGCUGUACAACCUCACCGUCGGACGGAUAAGUUUCAUCGGUCACUCUUUGGGGAACGUGAUUAUCCGGUCGGUGCUGACAAGGCCUCGGUUCCGCUGCUACCUGGUCAAACUGCACACCUUCCUGUCUCUGUCUGGACCACACCUGGGAACGCUGUACAACAACAGCACGCUGGUCAGCACAGGUCUGUGGCUGAUGCAGAAGCUGAAGAAAUCUGGAUCGUUGCUGCAGCUCACAUGCAGAGAUCACACCGAUCCUCGGAAAACCUUCCUCUAUCUUCUCAGUCAGAAACCAGGGCUCCAGUUCUUCAAGAAUGUGGUGUUGGUGGCAUCGCCUCAGGACCGAUAUGUUCCCUUCCACUCUGCAAGGAUAGAGAUGUGCAGGACAGCACUCAGAGACAGGACCACAGGUCCAGUGUACACAGAGAUGAUCAACAACCUACUCCAGCCGUUGGUGGGGGCUAAGGACUGUCGUCUGAUUCGCCAGAAUGUGUUCCACGCCCUGCCCAACACCGCCAACACUCUGAUUGGCCGAGCCGCUCACAUCGCUGUGCUCGACUCUGAACUCUUCUUGGAGAAGUUCUUCCUGGUCGCAGGGCUCAACUACUUCAAAUAGAACUUAAAACUACUUCAAAUAGUACUUCAAACUACUUUAAAGGGAUACGUCAGGAUUUUGACAAUGAAGCCUUUUAGCUAUUUCUCCAGCGUCAGAUGAACUUGUGGAUUCCAUUUUUAUGUCUCUGUGUGCAGUUUGAAGGAAGUUGCUAACUAGCAGGAGCACAAUUGCAAACUAGCGUUAGGGCAAUGACAGGAAGUAUAUGGAAACUGCUAGCCUGCUUGUAGAAACCGCAGACUUCCAGUCAUUGGGCUGACACUAGUUAGCAUUGGCUCGCUGAACUACCUCUAACUUCCUUCAUACUGGAUGCAUUGACAUAAAAAUGGUAUCCACUAGUUCAUCUGACUCCGGGGAAGUAAAUACAAUGCUUAAUUGACAGAAUCCUGAAGUAUCCCUUUAAAUAGAGGCUCAAAUAUAAAAAAAAAAAAGUAGAACCACUACUUCAAAUUGAGCUGUAGCUGUAGAGAAACUGGCUCAGAGAGGCUCUAGGUCUAUAUGAAGAUCUCCUUGUUGUGGUUGACUGGAUAGGAGGAUUUGGUGAGAGAAAGAGCGUUGCACCAUGACUAUGUACAGUGUAUAUUUAAAGUAUGUAUACCUAUGUUACCCCUGUUGUCAAAGAGGUGGUCAUAAGCUCUAUACAUCCCAUCCAUAUUAACAGCUGUCUACAGUAUGUCAAGUGAAACAACUGACGUGGCGCAUCGUGUGGCUCAUAUUGGUGUAGUGUAGGCCUUAUGUACACGCCUUCACCCCAAAGUAUAGUCAACAUAAUGUACAUCUAAUGUUCACCUCAAAGUAUAGUCAACAUAAUGUACAUCUAAUGUUCACCUCAAAGUAUAGUCAACAUAAUGUACAUCUAAUGUUCACCUCAAAGUAUAGUCAACAUAAUGUACAUCUAAUGUUCACCUCAAAGCGCUACCAUUUCAUUUUGGUAUGUAUCCUGACCUGAAGUGGCUAGUCUGAAUGAAUCACUGGAUGAAGGAUCUACUUGAAGGAGUACAUGUAUGCAUUUGUUUAAAAAACGAAGGAGAUAGUUGUUUGGAAUUUAACUCUGUAAUUGUAAAUGUUAUAAUACACGUGUCAAACUCCACAUAGAACUGUGGUGAUAUUAUAUUGUACAAAUGUUUCUUUUUACGAAAAUGAUUUAUAUAUAAUUUUAAAUGAUGUAUUUUAAAUUAUACCAUAUCCAUACGUUUGUCAGACUAUGACCAUUGUGUUAUGGAUUUUAUAUCAUACACUUUCAACACAUAACAUGAAGGCCAAAUCAAGAGGUGAACCUUCUCUGCAGUAUACACUGUAAUAUAUACAAUGCAAGAAAAAGGUGUUCUAUAUAUUUCUUGUAUACGUUUAUAUACAGUAUAUUACAUAUCUAAAACGUGUAUGUUUGUUGAAAGCAUUUAUGUGUGUCCAUCAAACUGCUGAGUUGAGUUGAAUGCUUAUCAACCAUGUAAUGCCUUUGUGUUCUUUAAAAUAAUGUAUAUCCCAACCUCCUCCAUAAGGUAUUGUGUACCUUCUACCGACUGUGGUGAUCCUAUUGAGAUAUGAGUAUUUCUACUACUACUAAGAUAUGAGUAUCACUAUACUGAGAUAUGAAUAUCACUAUACUGAGAUAUGAGUAUUACUAUACUGAGAUAUGGGUAAUACUGGGAUAUGAGUAAUACUAUACUGAGAUAUGAGUAAUACUAUACUGAGAUAUGAGUAAUACUAUACUGAGAUAUGAGUAUUACUAUACCGAGAUAUGAGUAUUACUAUACCGAGAUAUGAGUACUACUAUACCGAGAUAUGAGUAUUACUAUACUGAGAUAUGAGUAUUACUAUACCGAGAUAUGAGUAUUACUAUACUGAGAUAUGAGUAUUACUGCUACUGAGUCCAUUGUGGAAUUUAUCUUGGUUGAUUAAUAUUUGAAAUAUAGAAUCAUGAAGUAUGAAUCGCUAUGGCUCACAUCCCUUGGAAAUGACCUAAAGAUUUUUUUCUGAUUUCUCAUACUGUAUGUGCGCUGCUUUUAGAGUUAGAUUUUGUAUGCAUUGAACCUUUAAUGUCGCUACCUUGUCUGUGCCAGGAACAGUAUAAUAAGGAGGGUGUCACCUUCCUGCAUCUGAGAACAGUGUCUCAACUAUGGGCCCUUACUAGUAGGUACUAUGCUUCUGUCCAUCGAGAUGAAAUGAAUGUUUACCUUUUUAGAUUUACAGAGAUGUUGUCAUGGUAUCACAUGGAGGUGACUGAAGGUGCGUCUAUGGAGGUCAUGUAUUGACACAGACCUGUAGUUAUUACAAGUACACUUUAUGGUGGAUGUUUACAGCAAGUAGACCUAUAGAUACACUUGCUUGACGAAGUCCUUGCACUCCAACAUUAUCCUUCAUAUAUGGAUGUUUAAAUUGAUAUUGUACAUACUCC